AUGAUCAACCUUGUUCAGAACAAGAUGUUCCAUGGAUUGCCAAGUGAAGACCCCAUUGACCACCUUGAUGAGUUUGAUAGGCUAUGUGAUUUGACAAAGAUCAAUGGUGUCUCUGAAGAUGCCAUCAAGCUGAGACUCUUUCCUAUGUCUCUAGCUGACAAAGCUCACCAAUGGGAGAAGAGCUUGCCCCAUGGCACAAUCACCACUUGGGAUGAAUGCAAGAAGGCCUUUCUUGCUAAAUUUUUCUCCACCAGUCGCACAGCCAAGCUAAGGAGUGAGAUCUCGAGUUUCAUACAAAGGAACAAUGAGACUUUUGGAGAAGCUUGGGAGCGAUUGAAGGGAUACAUGAGCCAAUGGCCUCACCAUGGAUUCAGCCAUGAAUCAUUACUAUCCAUACUCUAUAGAGGAUGUUUGAAAAGGCAAAGGGAGAUGCUAGACACAACCAGCAAUGGGAACUUCCUCAAUCAAGAUGUGGAAGAUGGCUGGGAGCUAGUGGAAAACAUCGCCCUCUCAACAGAAAGAUAUGGAGACAAUUAUGAUAGCACUGAUCGAGUCCGAACCUCAGAUGCGAAAAGACUUGCAGGCUCUCCAUUCGAAGAUUGA